GAAAGAGAACCAAACCAGCAAAAUAAAAAGGAAAGACUCAGAGAAGAGUUUUUCGUCAACUGAAUCUCUUCCUUUCCCCUUUCCCCUUCUCCCAAUCGUUCAGUUGUUGCUGAUCGUGCUUUGCUUCGGCUCGCGUUCAUGGCGAUCGAGAAUGACAUUGAGAGCUGCGGGAGCAGAGCGAUGCAAUCGUCGCAUGCUCAUCCUCGACAUCACAGGCAGAAACUGGAGGUCUACAAUGAGGUGCUUCGUCGAAUUCAGGAAACCGAUUGCGAAGAGGCUCAUGUUCCUGGCUUCGACGAUGAGCUAUGGCUUCACUUCAACCGUCUUCCUGCUAGGUACGCAUUGGAUGUGAAUGUGGAGAGGGCAGAAGAUGUUCUUGCACAUAAGAGAUUGCUCAAGUUGGCAGAGGACCCUGCUAAUCGACCUGCCUUUCAAGUUCGCUUAGUACAGGUAUAUCCUUUUGGUAGUGCAAAUUAUGUUGACUCCAUGCAUUCAGAUCCUUCUGAGAAAGAAGAUGCACAAAGUUCUCUUAACUAUUCGUUUAAGCAGGGAAUUCACCCACCGCCUACAUUUGGUUCAUCCUCUAAUCUUGAAGCUCUUGCACUUCAAACAACUAAAAAUAGCAUUGAAGAUGGGGGCAGUGCUAUGGGUGUGCCACCAUAUUUUCACGGGCCUAUGCACGAGAUUACCUUUUCAACAGUUGACAAGCCUAAACUCCUUAGUCAGUUAACUUCAGUACUUGGUGAGAUCGGACUGAACAUUCAAGAAGCUCAUGCAUUUUCCACCACAGAUGGGUUUUCUCUGGAUGUCUUUGUCGUUGUGGGAUGGCCUAAUGAGGAAACUGAGGAGCUUAAAAGUGUGUUGGAAAGGGAAAUUUUGAAGGUUGAGGAGCAAUAUCUGUCAAAUCAGGGCAUACUUUAUGCUACCAAUGAACAAUACCAGGCAAGGAUGGAACCCUCUCCUCAUUGCAUACAAAUACCUUCUGAUGGAGCUGAUGUCUGGGAAAUUGAUACCGACCAACUGAAAUAUGAACACAAAGUUGGCUCUGGGUCAUUCGGUGACUUGUACAGAGGUACAUAUUGCAGUCAGGAUGUGGCCAUCAAAGUUCUUAAGCCUGAGCGCAUAAGUACAGAUAUGCUGAAAGAGUUUGCACAGGAAGUUUAUAUCAUGAGGAAGAUACGACACAAGAAUGUUGUUCAGUUCAUCGGUGCUUGUACUCGGCCACCAAAUCUUUGUAUUGUUACCGAGUUUAUGUCUAGAGGAAGCGUAUAUGACUUUCUGCACAAACAAAAGGGUGUAUUUAAGCUUCCGUCUUUACUAAAAGUAGCGAUUGAUGUUUCCAAGGGAAUGAAUUAUUUGCACCAAAAUAAUAUAAUUCACAGGGACCUCAAGACUGCCAAUCUUCUUAUGGAUGAAAAUGAAUUGGUCAAGGUUGCUGAUUUUGGGGUUGCCAGAGUGCAAACUCAGUCUGGAGUGAUGACUGCUGAAACUGGAACAUAUCGUUGGAUGGCUCCUGAGGUCAUUGAACACAAACCAUAUGACCAGAAGGCAGAUGUUUUCAGUUUUGGAAUAGCUCUUUGGGAGCUUUUAACUGGAGAACUGCCUUACUCUUACUUGACCCCAUUACAAGCAGCAGUUGGCGUGGUGCAGAAGGGCUUACGGCCUACUAUUCCCAAAAAUACACAUCCAAGACUUUCUGAACUGCUCCAACGGUGCUGGCAACAAGAUCCAGUGGAGAGACCGGAUUUCUCUGAAAUAAUAGAAAUUCUUCAGCAGAUAGCAAAAGAGGUCGAUGAUGAAAAAACUGAUCGACACAAAGAUAAGUCACCCCACGGCUUUCUUUCAGCACUUAGGCGUGCCCAUCACUGAUAUUAUCAUCCAACAGUAUAGCCUUUUUGUCCUGUACAGUUGUCUGACCAAAGAUCAAUGGAGUUGGCUGUUUCUGCUGCUCUUGAAAGGUUCUGUUCUAUUGUGCUAUUACUUUAAAUUCUCUUACAAUCCCCACGCCUCUCUUCCUUUUGUCCAUUCAUCUAUUCUUAUUUGCCUGUGAAUAGAAUGGAUGCAAGAGUAGUUAAAGUCGAAAAUUCAAGGCAUCAUGUAAUGUUAAAUUUUUGCUCUUUGUUCUCCAUGCUUUUCGAAUGGGAGCUUUUUAUCUCCUAUGUCCGUUCACCCCUUUGAUGUUGACCAGUAGAAAAAUUAGAUGCUGAGAUAUACAAGGCUUAACUGUAAUAAAAUUGUCAUGUUAUUUUGCAA